AUGAUUGAGCAAAAUCAGAAGCCUGAUAAUGCUACAUAUAGCGCAUUGAUGGAUGGGUACUGUUUACAAGGCCGAAUGGAUGAAGCAAAGAUAGUUUUUGAUAAAAUGGCUGCUAGCGGCCUUAAUCCUGAUGUUCAAAGCCAUAGUAUAUUGAUCAAUGGUUAUAUGAAGAAAAUGAAAGGUUUAUUUAGUGUCGGGAGGUAUCUUACAGCAAUCGAAGCUUUCGAUGAGAUGCGAGCUGCUGGCUUAAAACCUAAUUUUCACACUUACUGUGUUUUGUUGAAUGGUUUAUGCAAGAAUUCACAUGUUGAGGAAGCACUUCAAUUUUUGCACAAGAUGGAAGUUGAUGGAGUAGAUUGUCAUAUAACAAUGUACAACAUCGUCCUUGAUGGAUUAUGCAAAUGUGGGAAGCUUGACAGCGCCCGGCAUCUUUUCUAUAGUCUCUCUUCUAAAGGAUUGGAUCCUAAUGUUCCAACAUAUAACACGAUGAUAAAUGGCCUCUUUUCAGAAGGUUUCCUAGAGGAAGCCAAAGAGUUUAUUAAGAAAAUGGAAGAAAAUGGCUGCACUUCAAAUCUAAUUACAUUUAAUAUUAUUGUUCAAGGACUUCUUAAGGCUGGCGAAUUUAAUGAUGCAGUGGUUUAUUUUGAUGAAAUGGAUAGGAGAGGAUUCUCGCUGCAUUUGUCUACUUUUUCACUUUUACUAGAUUCAUACAGAGAUAGGGGAAAUGAUCCCUCUAUUUUUAAGAUAAUUGAGAAGUUUGCUCAAAAAAUGGGUAAUGGAAGUCUAAAUAAUGGAGAAGGGGGAUCUUAUUCUUAA